AUGCACCAAGGGGAAAGGGACUUCUUAGCGCGAUGCAAGCAGAGCAGACACCUAGAAGUUCUGUUUCGGUCUGCUGUGUCUGACCUUUUCCUCGGCGGGUGUCGUUUUGCGGGGAUGGAAAGGAUGCACGUUGUCGUAGCCCACGGCCAUUUGGCCGCCUGGUAUGCAGUGUCAACGAUGCUGAUGCUACGUGACGACGCCGAGGCAAAGAACAAGGGCUUGGAAAUAUUUCGUGGGCUUGAGGCGGCCGGUGCCCUAACAAUCUGCAAAUUGGUGUUCUGCGGUGUUAUCCAAGGGACGUGGACACACCUGCGUCGCGUGCCAAUGCUAAGCGCAGAGAAUCUAGUCUGUUCUUCGCAUGCAUGUCUAAGCCGUGGAAACAUGGGUGCUAUUUACCACCGUCAACGCUGUGGAAGAGGGUGGCACGUAAACGACGGUGAUGGAGGUGCUGCUCAUCUUCCGUGCGUGCAUUGUCGGGCAGACUAUGAGUUGAUCCUGUUUGUCCACCUCUUUGACUGA